AUGACACCAAGAAAACCUUCGACCCCUCGUGGUCCCCGCCCCCGCACGAAAAGUGGUUUUGACAUACUGACCAGUGUCUGCCGCCGUCAGUCUCUAGAAGAUAUCCGUGAUCACAUUCGCGAUCACAUUCGAUCCGCUUCUGCUGUGCCCAAUCUACAACUAGGAGUUUCUUCUUCUACAU